GUGUUUAUAUGCCAGGAGGAUGACCAAGAACAAACAGAUGAACUGUUAAAUCUCGGUCCCCUGACUCCUUGGAGACCAGCUGUACACUUCAGAACAGCAAAACGACACCGAAACAUGAGGACAACACUGGUCUUCCUCUGCCUUUUGGGAAUCGCUUGUGCCUUCUCAGUAAAAAACUUCCGAAGAAGAUUUAAAUCAGAGGAUUCCGAAGAAAAUGCAUUAUUCAAGAACAGGUUUAGGUAUUUCCUAUACAGAUAUCCCUAUCACUACCCACCUAUGAAAAGAUACCAGUUUAACAGUGACUCAUCAGAAGAAGGCUAUAAUGGCGAUAGCUCGGAAGAGGAGGAGGAAGAAGAAGGGGGACAGUCCAAUGAAGAAAGCGAAGGAGGCAACGAAAAGGAAGCCGAAAAACCCGCUACAGAAGCUCCUCCGAGGAAAGGGACAGGACAUGCCAAACCUCCUAAGCAGGUUCCAGUAAGAAAAGAUCCUGUUGAGACACCAGGGAAAGGAGGCGGGAUUAAAAAGGGUGAAAAAGACAAAGCUCCAGAAAACGGAGGAAAGAAGGAAGGCUCUGAAAAAGAGGAAGACAGCGAUGAAAAUGAAGAAGAAAAUGAAGAAGAAGAAAAUGAAGAAGAGGAGAAAGUGGAUGAGAAUGAACAAAGUGUCAAUGGCACUUCGACUAACAGCACUGCAGAAGAGAAUGGAAAUGGUGGCACUGGAGAGGAGGAAGAGGAAGGUAAUGAAGAGGAAGAAAAGGAAGCAACCACCGUUAUUCCUACCACUGUGGUUCCUACUGCUAUCUCCACGACAGAUUAUCAGGAGCAAUAUGAAACUACCACUGAAGAUCAGUGGCAAUCCGGUACCCCGGAAGAUCCGUGGCAGUACGACACCACCACUGGAGACCCAUAUGUUUAUGAUACCACCACCACCGGUUACGAAAACGGCUAUGAGGCACAAACAGAGUAUUAUGGGAAUGAGAAUGGGUAUCCCCGUGGUGACACAUUCAGAACGUACGAAGAUGAGUAUAGCUACUAUAAAGGGCAUGGAUAUGAUGUUUACGGCCAAGACUACUAUUACAACCAGUGAAGAAACGAGGCCAUUGCUUGGCAUGAUUAGUGAUAAUGGUUUGUAUCCUCAGCACUCUGCUCAGCAAAGUUUGAAGCUUCCACCAGCCUAAGGAGACUUCCAUCAAUGGGAGCAUCUCUUCUGCCACAGGAACACCCACUUAAAUAGGGUUCCUUAGUCUGCAGGUAGGCUUCAGACUUUGCUAAGCAGAACGGGAAGAUACAAGCCGCUGUUUCUCAUGACAGCUGUUCAGAAAUGUCUACUCAGGAAGAUGCAUCACAAUAUAACAUGGUGCCUGUUCAGAACAAAAGAAUAUGAAUACAUGGCAUUAUUGCUAAGUAUAAAAAUGUGUUCUUUUGACUGUUAAAUGUGCGCUUUGAACCAGUAUUCACGUAUUCAUUGUGAACUUUUUCUAGGAUGUGUAGAAUUUUUUAAAAAAAAAUGUGUGAAAGAUUAUUAUGUGUUAAAGGGAAUUAUUAUCAAACUAAUGGUUGUGUAUUGUAUAUGCUCCAUCUAUGUGUUUAUAUUAAAGAUGAGUUUCGAAACAGA